AUGCCAGGUGGAAGCCCAGGCUCCCAGGAUAAAUACCGCUACCAAGAUGAAGACACGCCCCCUCUGGAGCACAGCCCGGCCCACCUCCCCAACCAGUCAGGUCUGGGCUUCAGCAUCGCAGGUGGCACUGAUAACCCACACAUCGGUGACGACCCAUCCAUUUUCAUCACCAAGAUCAUUCCUGGCGGGGCUGCAGCCCAGGAUGGCCGCCUCAGGGUCAACGACAGCAUCCUGUUUGUAAAUGAAGUGGACGUGCGGGAGGUUACCCACUCAGCGGCGGUGGAGGCCCUCAAAGAGGCAGGCUCCAUCGUCCGCCUCUAUGUCAUGCGCCGGAAGCCCCCAGCUGAGAAGGUCAUGGAGAUCAAGCUCAUCAAGGGGCCUAAAGGUCUUGGCUUCAGCAUCGCAGGGGGCGUAGGGAACCAGCACAUUCCGGGAGAUAACAGCAUCUAUGUAACAAAGAUCAUCGAAGGGGGUGCCGCCCACAAGGAUGGGAGGUUGCAGAUUGGAGACAAGAUCCUGGCGGUCAACAGUGUGGGCCUGGAGGAUGUCAUGCAUGAGGAUGCUGUGGCAGCCCUGAAGAACACGUAUGAUGUUGUCUACCUAAAGGUGGCCAAGCCCAGCAAUGCCUACCUGAGUGACAGCUAUGCUCCCCCAGACAUCACAACCUGUGAGAGCCCUUUGAAUCCCAAAGCUCCCCAUGACAUGCAAUCCUAUGACAUCCCUGUGGCUGUUUCUUUUCAGAUGUUCCCCAUGAAAUAG